GCUCUCUUUGUAGCGAGUAAGGAGUACAGCAUCAACAGUGUUUACAGUUGUUGGUAGCGUUUUAUCGUGUUCAUUAUGGGACAGCGACUAUCUCGUAGAGAGAAAGCGAAGGGAGGAGGUGAGAGUGUGCACGGGAUAAAUCCCUGUACAACACUGACAUCCACCGACCACAAGGCGGAGCUCCAUCCUCGUCCUAACGAGACGCCUGAUGGUAUCGGUGAGGGAGGCGGGCAGGAGAGAAAGGAGAGAGGGGGAGAGAAAACAAAGAAUAAGAGGCAGAAAAAGAGGAGAUUUCGGAGGUUUGCCUCAUUUUUCUGUUGUUGUUCUCGCCCCAAAUCCACCAAUGCUCGGGAUGAGCAGGUGGAGCCCGGUGAGGUGGACCAGGACACUGAUGAGGGCCCAUCCAGGAGGUGUACUGAUGAUCAGACUUCUUUACAGGAAGUCAUCUGUACUGUAGAGGACAGUGAUCAUCAGGAACCUCCUUCCAGUAGUCCUGAAGUCCCCCACACUGCUGAAAACCAGCAAGUGGAGGACGUCCAGCCUCAAGAUCAGGACAGUCCAGCCAGUCCAUCAGCAGGUGAAACUGGAUCACAUCUGCCGAGACAGCUGGACUGUGAUGAAAUCAUGAGGAUUGAGGACCACAUUUGCUGGAAGUACACCAUUGGCAAGAAGUUAGGGGAAGGAGGAUUUGGCUCUGUCUUUGAAGGGACACGUUGCAAGGACGACCUCCAGGUAGCUGUGAAAUUCACAGCGAAGACUGAGAACGAGCCGUACAUCAGCCUUCCUGAUCAUCCCAGACCAGUUCCUCUUGAGGUGGCCCUUACAGUCAUGGCCAAUCAAGGCCCCAGGUGUCGCCACAUAAUAGAGGUGCUAGACUGGCAGGACCAUCCCGACCAGUUCAUCAUGGUCUUAGAGCGGCCCUCACACUGCAUGGACAUGCACAGCUUUUGGCUGCAGUAUGGAGGCCUCUUCAGUGAGGAGUUGGCGCGCCAUUUCAUGUGGCAGGUAAUUGACGCUGCCACUGUGUGCUGUUCCCGGUGGGUGCUCCAUCGGGACAUCAAAAUGCCAAACCUCUUGGUCAACACAGAGACGCUGGAGGUCAAAUUGAUAGAUUUCGGCUGUGGAGACCUCCUGAGAAGCUCAUCCUACAAAACCUACUCUGAAUGCUGCCGUUUUAUUCGAGGUUGUCUAAAGAGCAACCCAGAGCAGAGAAUCCAUCUGGACCAGAUGCUCUCCCAUGACUGGUUCAAGGUACUGAGUCUAAAACAAGCUAAAAUGAUUUUGAAGAUAUAUUUAUAUUUGCUUAUUUUUUGGCUAUUUGUUGGUUUGGCUUGAUCAUCUGAAUAUUAGAAAUUUCUAAUUGUGUUUCAGGUCAUGGAGAGGGUCAGCCUUGCGUCUGGCGGGCUGACACAGAUGGCCACUCCAUCCCUUCAGCCUUAGCGUCUUGCGGGGCUGGCAGGCCUCGGUUGCGUCUGGCGCCUUGGCUUGAGGCAGUAGUUUUAGCGCCUUGCGGAACUACUCGCCUAGGGAUGUGUAGUUUUAGUUGGUUAAGUUAGCCCCUCCAUCCCUCCAGCCUUAGCGUCUUGCGGGGCUGGUGGGCCUUGGUUGCGUCUGGCGCCAUGGCUUGAGGUGGGAGUUUUUGCGUCUUGCAGAACUACUCACCUUGGGAUGUAUAUUAUACCAUCCAAUCAUAUUUUUAAUAAUGGAGUCACCCACAGCUCUCUGUCCAGCCAGUCCCACGUUCCUCGCACCGCCGCCCCAGGAGUUUCUUCCCAGAGACCUGUGUCACUGGUACCAGAGGUCCCUCACACUGCCGCUCCAAGGUUCCUGCCACAUGGCACCUUGGUCCCAAAGAUCCUGUCAGGGUCACUCCAGAAAUCUCUGAGAAGGCCGCCUUAAAGUUUCUUGAUGCUGCUGCGCCAGAACCUGCUGAGGUUAGUGAGGUCUGAGUCACAGGCAUCACAGAAGUUACUCAACAGGGUACCUUUUCAUAGCUGCCCUGGUCCCAGAGCUUCGUGCCCAGCCUGAAGGUUCAUGCUGCUGCAACCCACACUGUUUAUAGAGCUCUGUGUCAUAGAAGCUCAGGUUGCAAAUCUUUCCAGAGGUUCCUGACUGGAUAACACAGAUACCCAUCUUGUCCAACACAGAGUCUCCUCUCAAUGGUGCAGAGGUUCAUGCAACGGUCGCCAAAGAAGUUCCAGCUAAUAUAUACGUCUGUGCCACAUUAAAAAGAAAAUGUUUCUGAAAAUAAAAACAAAAUGUGUUGUUUUAUCAGGAAAAUGUGAUGAUUUGGAAAUAUUAAUCAUUCCUAUUAUGCUUCAGUUCUAGAGAUGUUAAGCCUCUCGUUUUACCAGUUUCACCAGGUAAGUAAUACCAGGUAAGUAAAGUCUAAAAUUAGAGUUAUUUAAUAUUUAUAACAUUUAUAUGCAGACAAGGUCCAAAAUUAACUGCCAAAUUUGUGUAAAAACUGGCUUUGGGAAGGAAAUAAGGCUGGGUUACCUGAUAGUGGUAGAUACCUUUAUAGGAAACUAUAACAAAAUAUGUGAUUGAAAUCAAAUUCUACGAAUACCUGAGUUAAGGGAUGUGAGCAAUUCAAAUUCAAAUGGAAGACAUAGAAAUCUAAACAAAAUGUUUCAACUCACACAAGGUGCAACUUACCUCAGUAAGAAAUUACCAUUAGAAGACGUGAUAUUCCAUUCUAUAAUGUCCAGGAGAUUGCAGACAGUCAUAAUGUAAAAAUAAAUGAUUUUAACUCUUGUUGCCUUUAUGUAAAAUUGCCAUUGUGAAAAUGAAUGAAAUCAGAACAUCACUCUUUUUAACUUCUCUUUCAGCCUUUCGACAAUAUUGUUAUUGCUGCUAAUUAUUCCACUCAUUUGGGUUAAUAUUUUGCUGUAAUUUCAAAUAAACUUUAUUUUUACAAAAACGAGUCUGAAUUUAUCACACAUACCAUAAAAAAAUCUCUAAAUGACAGAAAUAGGCUGUUUUACUAAAAACUGCUGUCAUUCUGCCUUUUUAUAUUUCAGCUGAACAAAACAUUGGUAUUCAUAACCGUCAUUCAAGAAAGUCUAAUUACUAUCAAAACAAGUUAAGCGGAAAGGCGAGAGAAGAAAGAAGUGGGAAGCUGUUCGCCUCCAGUUCCUUUCCGAUGUCUUGAAGCUGAAUUCUGUGAGGACGUCUGAUAUGUGUAAAACUCAAUGUUGUGUACAAUGUUGAUGUAGGUCAGUGUCAUGUGACUGCCUGCAUGUGAUAGUAGUUGGCAUGUCUUCAUUAAUGGGUGUCUAUGCCUGCGUGCCUUGAGAAAGGACAGCAGGGCACCUGCCAGCGUAGGGUAUCAGCUGGUGCAGAUUGAUACAUAUAUGGGGGGAGGAGUUAAUUAGGCAGCACUCAGGUACGGUGCACAUUAUCUGUCAAACUGAGCGCAUCUAGGUUGUGAUUUGUGAUCAUAUCAUUAACAAUAAGUGCCUUAAUAGAAAGGGAUCUAAUAUUCAGCAAGCCGAACUUCAUCAAUUAUUUAUCUGUAUUAUAUGUUUGUCUUAUUAUAUCUAAAAGAUUAAAUUACCCUUAAUUGG